AUGGCUACCCUCAUACUCCUUGCCAGUGUCCUUUUUGGACAUUCUCGAGCUUAUGACCACCCACAAGCGCCGGCCUAUUCUCUAGUCAGAAACUACUCUGGCCAGAUCUUUUUUGACUCAUUUGACUUCUAUACCAAACCAGAUCCUGCAAACAGUUUUGUGCAGUACGUGGAUAUGCACACAGCCAACGAUUCUGCAUAUGCAGGCUUCGUUGAUUACGUGUAUACCGAUGACCUCAACAAUACUCGCUCGAUAGACAAACUUAUCUACCUCGGUGUUGAUUUCACGACCAAUAGCUCUUCUGGGCGUCAAUCCGUUCGCAUGGAAGCUAGCGAGACAUUCAACCGUUCCUUGAUUGUUGCUGAUAUUUAUCAUAUGCCUGGAGGGUGUGGCGUGUGGCCAGCGUUCUGGUUGUUAGGCACUGGCUUGGAUUGGCCACAGGCAGGCGAGAUUGACGUCUUGGAAGGGAUAAACGACCAGGCACUCAACAGAAUGUCACUCCAUACAGACAAGCAGCUUGUUCUCGACAGUAAUACCCACGCAAAAUUAUCAAUAUCAAAUCCGGGCUGCGACCAACGACAACAAGGUCAAACUCUGAGCAGUGACUGUAAUGUCGCCUCUUCCGGUGGUACUGGUUGCAGCAUUAUGGGUACCAACGAAACAUCCCAAGGAUUUGGCUCGACAUUCAAUGCCAACCAAGGUGGCUACCUCGUCACCGAGUUCACCAGCGAGUGGAUCAAGAUCUGGCAGACGACUCGCUCAACAGGAGACAUGAAUUUCGCAAAAGAUGUUCGAGCAGAUUUGAGCAUCGGCAGUAUGCGUUCCUGGGGGCCACCGACUGCAUUGUUCAGUCAGAAUGGAACCGAUCUGAGUUCGUACUUUAUGAACCUCCGGAUGAUCUUCAACACUGCCUUCUGUGGCCCCUGGAUUGAUGGUACCUGGAAUACAUCAUCAUGCGCUUCUCGCGCAGCAACUUGCCAAGAGUAUGUUGCAUCCAAUCCAUCUGCAUUCGUGGACGCAUAUUGGCUGGUGAAGGGUGUCUAUGUGUAUCAGUCGAACUCGGCAGAUCAAUACUCUGCCAGACUGAAAAGACCCUAG